CGGCAAGGCACGCCUCUCUUCUUACCUGCAUUUUACGCCUAUCCUCAAUAGACAUACAGUAGUCGGGCACGGGAAUGAGAGGCUUGAGGAUGCGUCGUGGUAAAGUUGCGGAAACAGAGGUUCUGCGGGAGGUGCCUGGAAGUAUGGUUAAUCGCCACUUGUCGCGAGCAAACAAGAGCAGCACGCAUCACCGAGACUUUCAAGUGCUUGCCAUGAUGUUGGCACCACUUUUUGACAUGCACUUGAAAGUCAACCCACUCUUCUCGACCACGUCCGAGAGAUUAGUGAGAAGCUGUCACUUAAAGCCUUCAGUGAGCACGUUGAAGAAGUUCUUCACCAAGCUGGACUGUCUUCACGAAUUCACGAAUAAAUGCAAAGGCACAUCACGCGACGGCUCGAACAUCACGCACACAGCUCAAGGCUGGUCAAGUUGUGAUCUCUCAAAUUGUGCAGUAUUGCGAAAUCAUUAUAUCGUCGCAAGGAAGGUUCAAGCGACAAAGCCACAUCUGCGUCCACAUAUAUUCUCCGGAGCCAAUCACUAUGCAUGCAUUCGCUAGAUGCAAAAGCGGCCAAGAUGGCAGAGAUCCGAACAGAAAUAGCAUCCGGAGAUUUUGCUUGCUGUACGUGCUGCUUCCUUGACACCGGGAUGUGAUGUAAAUGCCCUCUGCUUGUCACUCUCGUUGCCCGUAGGAUCGUGC